AUGAAAGCCUUUUUAGAGAGGUAUCAUAAGAGAAAAGCAACCGAACAGUUGACACCACCUGAAGCUCCUCAAAUAAGAAACACAUCCAAUGAUGGUACUUCAGAACAUCAUUCUGAAGAAUUGAACUUGACAAAUCAGUUGGCACCCCCUCAAUUCCAUCGGACAAAUAAUGCAUCUGAAGAUAUUGGUACUUCAAAAUAUUCUGUCAAUGAGAUUAAUAUAGAAGAUCUUCCUGGAGAUCCUGGACUUCGAACUCCGAUUUUAGAGUACCAUCCUAAUGUUCGAGAUCGAGUGCGAAGACAUUAUUUACUGCAAGGUCCUUGUCAACCAAAAAACUAUAAUUUUCCUCAAACAGAAUUUAGUGGUGUUAAGCGAAGGUUUAACGUCAAUUGGUUUAAGGAUCAUCCUAGUUGGUUGGAGUAUAGUAUAGAAAAUGAUGCUGCAUAUUGUUUGCAUUGUUAUCUUUUUAAACCAAAUAUUGGAGACCAAGCAGGUGGUGAUGUAUUUGUUGGUACGGGGUUUAAUAAUUGGAAGAAAAAAGACAAGCUUAAAGAUCAUGUUGGAGGGAUCAAUAGCGCUCACAACAAUGCUAGAAGAAUGUGUGAAGUUUUAUUAAAUCAAAGACAGCAUGUUGAUACAGUUUUGGUGAACCAAACACAACAAGAUCGGAUUAACUAUCGCACUCGUUUGAAUGCAUCAGUUGAUUGUGCUCGUUUUCUACUACGACAAGGAUUGCCAUUUCGUGGUCAUGAUGAAUCUGAUUAUUCAAAUAACCAAGGAAAUUUUAGAGAGCUUUUGAAGUGGCAUUCUGAUAAAGUUGAUGAUAUAAAAAAGGUUGUCUUGAAAAAUGCUCCAAGAAAUCAUCAAUUAACAUCACCUGAUAUUCAACAUGAUAUUGUCAAGGCUGCUGCAACUGAAACUCUCAAUGUCAUAAUUAGUGACAUUGGUGACGCAUUAUUCUCUAUUCUUGUUGACGAGUCUCGUGAUGUAUCAGGAAAAGAGCAAAUGGCAAUUGUAUUGCGAUAUGUGAGCAAAGGACAAGUAAUUGAGCGUUUUGUCGGUGUUAAACAUGUCACUGAUACUACUUCUGCAUCACUGAAGGCAGCCAUUGAUCAAUUCUUUUCAGAGAAUGGAUUAAGCAUAUCUAGCCUCCGUGGUCAAGGUUAUGAUGGAGCUAGUAAUAUGAGAGGAGAAUUCAAUGGUCUAAAAGCACUUAUUUUAAAGGAGAAUGGGUCAGCUUUUUAUGUUCAUUGCUUUGCUCACCAGCUUCAGCUGGCUAUUGUGGCUGUAGCAAAAAAUCAUAUCUUAAUCUCUAAUCUCUUCAUGUUUGUUAGUAAUCUGGUGAAUGUUGCUGGAAGCUCAUGUAAACGUCGUGAUUCUCUUCGAGAGAAACAAGUCGCCAAGAUUAUCGAAGAACUUAAUAUUGGUUCUAUUUUAAGUGGGAGGGGCUUGAAUCAGGAAACCACCCUAAAGCGAGCUGGUGAUACAAGAUGGAGCUCACAUUAUGGUACUUUGAUUAGUAUCAUCAACUUAUUUCCAUCUUUAGUUGAAUUGCUUGAAGAAAUAAAAGAGGAUGGAUCAUCUACAGAUCAGAAACAAGAUGCAAGCAGAUUAUUAGACUCAUUGGAAUCAUUCGACUUUGUAUUUAGUCUGCAUUUGAUGAAGGUUUUGUUGGGGACUACAAAUCAAUUAUCACAGGCAUUGCAAAGAAGAGACCAAGAUAUUGUGAAUGCAAUGAACUUAGUUAAAGAGAUUGAUGUUCCUAACAUGGAUGAUGUUCCUUUUAUUCCAGGAAAAUCACGGCGUAGAGCUCCAAAGGUCACUAAUCUGCAUAGGUAUCGAGUUGAAUUAUUUUGUGCAGUCAUAGAUAUGCAACUUCAAGAGCUAAAUGAUCAUUUUACAGAGACUACUACCGAGCUACUUCUCUGUAUGGCAUGUCUUAAUCCAUCUAAUUCAUUCUCAGCUUUUAGCAAAGAAAAAUUGAUUCGGCUUGCUCAGUUUUAUCCUAAAGAUUUUUCUGCAGUAUCUCUCUUGGCUCUUGAAGAUGAAUUGGACACUUAUAUAUCUGAUAUGCGAAGCAGUAGUGUGUUUACACAAUUGAAAGGAAUUAGUGACCUUGGAGAAAAAAUGGUUGAGACACAGAAGGACAAGGUUUAUCCAUUAGUUUACUUGCUCAUAACAUUGACGCUAAUUCUUCCAGUUGCAACUGCCACUGUAGAAAGAGCAUUUUCUGCCAUGAAGAUCAUAAAAAGUGAUUUGCGAAACCGAAUGGGAGACAUGUGGAUGAAUAGCAGCAUGAUUACAUAUAUCGAGAAAGAAAUAUUUGAUGGUAUUGAUAAUGAAACCAUCAUGAAAAGAUUUCAAAAUAUGAGCAAUCGUCGUGGACAAUUGUAA